AUCUGUCGCCCGCCCGCCACGUCUUGUGCGACUCUGGUUCAACAUCUGUCACAAUGAGCCGCAAUAAUUCCUCUCUCCCCAGGCCUCUUGACCUGUCCCACCAUCUUUCGCGCACCGCCAAGAAUCGCACUGCCUCAUCUAUCAAGCAGUUCUACAAGUACUUUUCCAUUCCCGGCAUUGGUCAGCUGGCUGGAGGUCUUCCUAAUGACAAGUACUUCCCCUACGACGACCUCGAGGCCAAGGUAGCUCUCCCGGAUCGCUGGACUCCCACGCCUAACAAGCCCGUUGAUCCCCCCUCCGCCGAGGUUUCCGCCACCUCCGCCUCCGACAGUCAUCCUUCCGGCCGUCUCGUGGUCCCGCACAGCUCCGGUACCCCCGAUGUCCUGCGGAAGAUAGAUCUCGACAGUGCCCUGCAGUACGGCCAGGCACAGGGCUACCCGCCCCUCUACCAAUUCAUCCGCCAGUUCACGCAGCAAAACCUGCACCCCAAUGUCCCAUACCAAGGUGGUCCGGAGAUCAUCUUGACCUGUGGCUCGACGGAUGGGUUCUCCAAGGCCAUCCAGACCCUGACCAACGAGUGGUCGCAGGGCAGAGACCCGGUCGAUGAACGGGAAGGCGUCCUUGUUGAGGAGUACUGCUAUAUGAAUGCCAUUCAGGCGACCAGGCCGCGUGGAGUCAACAUCGUCCCAGUGAAGAUUGACGAUGAGGGUAUGAAGGCCUCAGGCCCAGGCGGUUUGAAGGAAGUCCUGGAGAACUGGGACCACUCAAGGGGCAAGCGGCCGCAUUUGAUCUACACAGUAACAAUUGGCCAAAAUCCUACCUCUGGCACUCUCAGUCUCGCACGGCGCAAGGAGAUCUAUGCCCUAUGCGUUCAGUAUGAUAUCAUCAUCAUUGAAGACGAUCCUUACUGGUAUCUGCAGUUCCCAUCGUCUUCUCCCAAGGUCCCAGUGACUCCUGUCCAGCUUGGUGGUAAGUCGUCGGGCUACGAGUUUUUGGACUCACUGGUGCCCUCGUACCUUUCCAUCGACUAUCAGGGCCGUGUCGUUCGCCUCGACACUUUCUCCAAGACGGUUGCGCCAGGUUGCCGUCUUGGCUGGAUCACGGCACAACCAGCAUUGAUUGAAAGGAUCCUGCGCUUGACGGAGGCGUCCACUCAACAACCAUCUGGCUUCGUGCAGGCCAUGAUUGCUGAGCUGAUCAUUGGCCCGCAAAGCAAGAAAGACGGCGGCUCCGGCGGCUCCAAAAAUGGACAAGGCUGGAACGUUGACGGUUGGGUGCGCUGGCUGGAAGGCCUGCGAGGCAACUAUGAGCGGCGCAUGAACGCCAUGUGUGAUGUACUGGAUGCAGGCAAGAGCGUGGUGAAGACGGGUCGGCGCAGCAGCUUGACACAAAUGUUGCGCUCGUCAUUCCAUCCCUCGUCGUCUAAUGGCUGCGACGAGGACAUUGAGGACGAUGAGUGGGCCGUCGUAGAGACGUCCAGUAUGUUCGAUUUUGUGCGACCGCUUGGUGGCAUGUUUGUCUGGCUGCGCUUCGACUUCUCCACGCACCCCUUGGCCAGGAGCGUUCCCGGACCGCGCCUCUCCCGCGCGCUCUGGGUCUACUGGACCAGCGAGCCUUAUCGCGUGCUCGUGUCGCCUGGUGGAAUCUUCGCACCUGACGAGGAGAUCCGGCAGCGCGAUUCGUGGCGCUGCUUCCGAUUGUGCUUCGCGGCAUGCCCCGAGGAAGACAUUGUCCCAAUCAGCCAGAGGCUCACCAAGGGGGUGCAAAAGUUCUGGCGUAUCAGAGACAGAAAGACUAUCGAUGAUAUUUUGGAGAACGACGAUCCGGGCGUUGAGGAAUUUUCGGAAGGUAUGACGAGCUUGGGCGGAUUUUGUUGAAGAGCGCUGGAAGGACAACUAAAGGGUGGCGUUUAAUAAAUCGAUGCACUGCAACAUCUUCGACUGCGCUCGCUCGCUUGUCCCUUCGUCGCUUGCACAGAGAUGGUGGCCGACAGCGUCUUCUCCGGUGCGCCGUGCGUUGUUUGCAUUGCCGGCAGGAAAUCCCGCUUUGAGACGCAUAAAUGCACCCACCCACAUCUGCAUCCAUGUAUGCAUGGCUAUAUCUGUUUGUAUCAAUCAACGUCAAUGUCGACAUCACGCUGCUACGUAUCCACCUAUCCACUCACCAAACUAGGUCCGGCCUUCCCUCCUCGUUCGGUCAAGCAGGAAGGCAAGGGCGCUCAAUUAGUUCGACACUGCCACCGAGCCCCGGCGGCGCGUGGAGCCGGCUAGCGAGCAGCAUGCGAGGGAAUUACUUUGCUUUCGACGACGCUGAAGGUAGGAUUUGCGGUCGCACCAUGAGCGGUGGUGCUGGGCAG